AUGAUGGAUAUUCGCAAGAUUGCUUGCAUCGGGGCCGGUUACGUCGGUGGGCCCUCGAUGAGUUGCCUGGCCUACAAGUGCCCCGACAUCACGGUGACGGUUAUUGACAUAAGCCCAGAGCGGGUUGCUGCAUGGAACAGUGACAAUCUUCCGCUGUACGAACCGGGCCUGCUGGAGAUAGUCAAGGCCGCGCGGGGGAGGAACCUUUUCUUCUCCACUGACGCUAAAAAACACCUCGCGGAGGCUGAUCUCAUCUUCGUAUGCGUGAACACGCCUACAAAGCUCCAGGGAGUUGGUGCCGGCAAGGCUGCCACGUUUGGGUUCUGGGAGGCUGCGGCGCGCCUUAUCGCCGCUUCGUGCCACGGCUGUGGGCCCAAAAUUGUGGCGGAGAAAUCUCCUGUUCCCGUCAAGACCGCGCAAGCAAUGUCGAGGGUCCUGUCUGGCUGCCAGGACGGCGAGAAGACGCAGUUUGAGGUCAUCUCCAAUCCGGAGUUCAUGAGUGCGGGUACCGCCAUUCAGGAUUGCUUGCAGCCGGACCGAGUCCUUAUUGGUGGUCGGGACACGCCCUUGGGUCAGGCCGCAGUGGAGAGCCUGGCUCGGGUGUACCGGAGGUGGGUCCCUCCUGAGCGCGUGCUGAGUAUGGGCCUGUGGAGCUCAGAGCUGGCCAAGCUGGCGGCCAAUGCCUUCCUGGCACAGCGCAUCUCCUCCAUAAAUGCAAUCUCGGCGCUGUGCGAGGAGACGGGCGCGGACGUGCAGCAGGUGUCCCACGCCAUCGGCACGGACAGCCGCAUCGGUCCCCGCUUCCUGAUGGCGGGUUGCGGCUUCGGCGGCCCCGCCCUUCAAAAGCACGUACUCAACCUGGUGUACAUUUGCGAGAGCUUGGGGCUUAGCCAGGUGGCGCAGUACUGGCAGCAGGUGGUUGAUAUGAACGAUUGGACCAAGGCACGUUUUGUUCAGCGUAUAAUUACGUCUAUGUUCAACACUAUUCGCGGUAAGAGGAUCGCCGUACUGGGCUUCUCGUACAAGGCCGAUACCACGGACACGCGAGACACCGCCGCCAUCGAUGUGUGCCGCGGUCUCCUGCUGGAUGGCGCUGCGUUGGCGGUGUACGAUCCCAAGGUCAGCCCUGAGCAGAUUCAUCUGGACAUGUGCCUACCUAGGGGCUCCCUAGAGCAGCCCCGCCGCCAGCACACCACUGUAUCACUGGCAACUGUGGAUGUCGCCCGGAGUGCGUACGAUGCCUGUCGAGGUGCACACGGGCUUUGCUUCCUCACGGACUGGCCGGAGUUCAGGUCCUUGGAUUUCCGUGCCAUCUAUGCGGCCAUGAUGAAACCCGCCUUCGUAUUCGAUGGGCGCAACCUGCUGGACCACGGGGCGCUACGGGAAAUAGGAUUCGUAGUGUACGGAGCGGGCAUGUCGUGGAAGAAUGGAUCAUAA